AUGACUAAUUUCCUAAAAGAGCAAAUGCAAAAAUACAAAGUCAUCAUUAUCACUAGUCAGAGAGCAGUAGAGUGCUUGCAGCAAUGUAUCGAAUCAAAAGACAUAGAAGAGCAUCUUAGAGACCAAAUACUCGAUAUUCCUGUUUAUACCAUUGGUCCUAGCACCCAUGAAUACUUAACAAACAUAGGUUUCAGGAAUAUCAUAGGAAAAGAGUCUGGAAAUGGUCAUAAACUAAGUAAUUUAAUCUUGAAUGAAGUCAAGGAUGAACCAAUAAUAUAUUUUACUGGAGAAAUCAGAAAGGAUAUUAUACCGAAUAAUAUGAUAAACAAUGGCAAGAACUUUUCAGAGUUCCCUGUUUAUGCCACAAGGGAAUGUGCCGAUGUUGAUGCAAUUCAAGGCCUUAGAGAAGAGAGUAGUUGGGUCAUUUUCUUCAGUAGCCAGGGAACACAAAAUAUCGUUAAUCAUAUAAAGAACAAGAACUACAAGGUAGGAGUCAUUGGUCCUACCACCAACGAAUACUUGAUUCAAAAUGGUAUUACAGCAGACUUGGUUUGUGAAGCACCUACAGCAGAUUCGCUUUUGAGACAAAUUGACCAAUAUGAGAAAAACUAA